AGAGUCGGUGCAUCUCGUUCUUCAGUGCUACGUUGUGUCUCAUUUCACUUGUACUCCUUGUAAGGACAUAGCAUCUCAGGAUGACCCUGGAUCUUGUUCUGUCAGAAACACCUGUGACGCAGGAUAUCCUGGCCCGCGAGACUGUCUUCGAGGACACCGUCGCUCAGCAUGUCUUGGACGGCGUUCUCAGUGAGAAACAACGGUUGUUCCUGGAGGAGAAAGACCGAUCUCUGAACGCAGUCAAGGUGAGCGGAUGGUCUCAAUAUUGGAAGGUGGGAGCCGACGGCAAGGAUAAGCGAAAUCUCCAGGAGCGCAAGACGCCCUCCAACGUCAUCCCGUACAAGAGAUGCGAAGUCGUCAAGUACUAUCAAGACCACCCUGUUAGACCCCAUGUCAGUCCCACGUACGCAGGAGCCAAUGUGACGAUGGUCACCUGUCUUGGAGACGGGGUGGAGAGCGCUGGCAACACAUCGAUCAGCUCUCUCGAGAUCAUUCCAAUCGCGCACUUGCAAUGUCCGAAACGACACGACGGGAGAGUGUUAUACUGUCGCGUCUUGACGCUACCCAAGCUCGGUAUUGGCAUAGCAUUCGCCAUUGAGGAUAUCUCCGGUGAUGCUCUCGUGGUCUCGCUCCAAGCCCCGUUUGACAGUCCAGCUUUGACCAAGCCAUUCAAAGAAUGUUGCAAUCUCUUCCCUUGGGGCUCGACCCUGGCCAUCAAGGAGCCAUACGUCCAUUACAGUCUGACUACGGGUCUCCCAGAAAUUCAAGUGGCAGUUUUGACAGAUGUCGUCAUCCUUCCGGGGGAAGUGGUAAUGAAUUGGGCAUUCCGCUGUCCCUUUGUUUGGAGAUACAAUGAUCUGGGACCGCUGCAGUUGAAAGAAACUGCCAACGAGCUGUAUUCGGCUGGAAAGUACGAGGACGCGGAGCAAUUAUACGCCCUUGCUCUCCAAUUCCCGAGGCACAAACUAUCGAUGGACCUGGAAGUUUCACUUCGACUCAAUCGCAUACUUGUUCUCUCCCAUUUACACCGAUAUGGGCAAGUUUUGAGAGAGUGUCUCAUGAUCGAGGACUCGCGACAGAUGAAGGGCAAGAGCAUACUCAGCACCGCACAGUCUCGAAGACUGUACAUUCGCAUGACGGAAGCGGCUCAUCAACUGGGACUCCCAGGACUCGCCCAAGCAAAAUUCAAGAGAUUCCGACAGUUCUGUGACGUCCCACUCACAAGUGACCAAAAAAUGCUCGUCACCAAGUGGUUGAGCUUGCUACCUUCCCAAGGCAGUACCAGCCCAAUGCAGCCCUGCCAGUCGCAGACUGGCCACUCAGAUGGAUCAGAUGGAUGGCCCGCUCAUACGCAGGAGGGAACUGAGCGAAGCGCCAUGACUGGCCCGAAGGCCUUGAACCGACGAUUGGCACUUGAAACAGAGACUCAGGAAGGAGACGUUGUGAUCAUGAAGACCAAAACUCUUACUCUGCUGGUCUCCCCUUCCAAUGGGGUUGCGGUCAGACUCUUCGAUGCUGGUCAAGGUGAUGCGCAUAUAAGACAACCAGAUCACCUCGCUAUCUUCCAUGCUCUCAUCAACAACCCCAUCUUGGGGUUGAGAGCGAAACUGAUGACUCAGGAAGCGAUAGAUAGUGGGAAACGCAUGGAUGAAGCUCAGGAGUUCGCCGCGUUCAAGAGAGGGAUCAACACGAAUGUCGAAGAAAUCUUCCGAAUCUGUGCUGAGCAUGGUAUCUUCUCAACGCAAUCAGACGGAGACACCUCCAAGUAACUAUGCCUUCAGUGGUACUUUACAGCGGGCCAAUGGAAGAGAAGACCCGGUGAGAGUGGAGAUCGCAGAGGGGAGUCGGGAAUUUGGGGAGGAUGGAACUAUGACUAUGGAGUGGAGAGUGGAAGGGCUGUGAAAAGCAAGGUCUGGAGAAGACUUACUAUGAAUAGACGAACACAAGCCUGAAGGCAGAGGGAUGGUGACCGGGCGACGACAGAGCAUGGACCACAGAGGGUUGAAAUGAGUAUAGAAAGCUUUGGUGCAGCUCCAGAGAGGAUGAUGUGUGGAGUAUCUGGAAUUCUCAUGUAGAGGCCGAUUCAACAAAUCGAAGAGGGUCAUACGUCCCUAGACAGCUCGAUGCAUAUAAGAUACAUGAU